AUGUCUAACCUACCUGAGCCAAAAAUCAUUGGGCGGUUUCAAAAGGACCAGCUUGAAACUAGCAAACUUCUCGAACCUAUUGAGCUUAUAAGCGAUACAGAAUCAGAGGAGUCUGACUCCGAAUCAGAGACAGGCGACAGUUCAAAACCCCAAAUACAGGCUUCUUCGUCAUCUCAAACAAUAGAAAUAGAUUCAAUGUUAGCUGAAAUUGAUGCAAU